GGCAGCAGGCGGGGCACGUCUGAAUGGCUCCCUGCGGCUCGCCGGGAAGGGAAGCGGCGGGGCGGAGCCUCAGAGCGCCUCCCGCCGCCGCCGCCGUCCCCGGAAGGCCCCAGCAGCAGCAGCAGCAGCAGCAGCGCCGCCGCCCGCCCCCGCCGCCCGAGCAGCUGCAGCCCGAGCGCCGCCGCCGGCCAUGGUGAAGGUGUCGUUCAGCGCGGCCUGGGCGCAGAAGGAGGGGGCCGAGGGGGCCGCCCGGGCGGAGCUGCUCCUGGGGGCCAAGGGGGCAGGAGGGGGAGGGCAGCAGCAGCAGCAGCAGCAGCAGGAUCCUGAGGCAGUGGUGGCUGCGCGGCCAAGGAGGGCCUGGUGCUGGUGCUGGUGCAUCUGUUUUGGGCUGGCUUUUAUGGUGGCUGUUGUGAUACUUGGGGGUGCCUAUCUGUACAAGUAUUUUUCACAUCAGGAAAACGGUGUUUACUUCUGUGGAAUAAAAUAUCUUGAGGAUGGCCUGACUUUAGCAGAACCUGAGCCAGGGGCUCCAGCUCCACGUCUCCAGAUAAUUGAAGAGAACAUUCAGAUCCUGCAGGGGGAGAAUGUGGAGUUCAUCAGCGUGCCCGUUCCGGAAUUUGCUGACAGCGACCCGGCUGACAUCGUUCAUGAUUUUCAAAGGAGACUUACAGCUUACUUGGAUCUCAGCCUAGAUAAGUGCUAUGUCAUUCCUCUGAACACAUCAGUUGUUAUGCCACCUAAAAACUUCUUGGAGUUGCUGAUCAAUAUCAAGGCUGGAACUUACUUGCCUCAGUCAUAUUUGAUUCAUGAGCAGAUGAUUGUUACUGAUCGCAUAGAAAAUGUGGAUCAACUUGGCUUUUUUAUUUCUCGCCUCUGUCACGGCAAGGAGACCUACAAAUUACAGCGCAAGGAAGCUCUGAGAGGAAUUCAGAAACGUGAAGUGACCAACUGCCGGAAAAUCCGACAUUUUGAGAACAGAUUUGCUGUAGAAACGCUCAUUUGCGAACAGUAAGAGAUGACGUUCAAUGUAUUGUCGAAGGCUUUCACGACCAGAACCAGUAAGAGAUGACAUUUGCAGCCGAAGACUGAAAGAGCCUCUCUGGCCAGCCCUUCCUCUCAUAUGCUGUGAUUUUUAUUUUAUAUGGGCUAUGCAAGUAGUGGACCUUCCUUCAUAGCUAAAAGCAACUUUUUUUUUCUCCUGAUUUUUAAAAUAAUUUCCAUAUUUUUAAAGAGUGGUUUUACAUGUUGAAUCGCAAUUGUAUAAUGGCAGUAGUUAUCGCAUUUCAUGUAAUGAACCUUGACAAAGUAGCAGGAGGUAUGGAAUACCUCCCUUCUUCUGCACAAUUGGACAGAUUGAUCCCUCUGAAUUAAAAACAAGACAUGUAUUCAAAUUAACUUCAACACUUGAGAGUUCUAAUAACAUAUUAGUAGUGACAGGUGGUUUACAGAGAUUGGAAAAGAAUUUUAAAAAGUGCAAUUUCUUGGCAUUUGUGUAUGUUUUAAUGCAAUCCUACUUAAGUUUGAUUCUUGCCAUGUACUGUAUAUUAAUAGGUGUUAGCUGUAACAAAACUACACAGUAACUUAAGGUUACUAACAUGUAUAUAAGCUAUUAUGUGCAGUGGAAAAUAAAUAUUACAAAUCUGUUUGUCUAAAA